CAAUGCCCCGGGUUCCCGAGUUUGCUGGCUGACAGUUCACCGGCAAAUACAAGGGAUGUCACAGUGUAACCGGCCGGGAUGUCUGACGCGCUUGUAAUGGCGGGGGAGCCACUCAUGUCUGGGAACUGCUUUUCCCAAAUGCACCCGGUGUUUAAGGCCUUUGUGUGCGGUUCUCUGAGCGGCACUUGUUCUACUCUGCUGUUCCAGCCGCUGGAUCUGGUCAAGACUCGACUUCAGGCUCACCAGCUCUCUGCCAGCGCUGCCGGGAGCCGUCCUCGAAUGCUAAACCUUUUCAUAAAGGUUAUACGGAAUGAGAAUAUUUUAGGACUAUGGAGGGGCGUUUCCCCUUCCUUCCUGCGCUGUAUCCCUGGAGUUGGACUGUACUUUAGCACCCUCUAUACACUAAAGCACCACUUUUUCUCAGAGAGGGACCCCAAGCCUUUGGAGUCUGUUAUGCUGGGAGCAGGGUCCAGGACAGUGGCUGCUGUGUGCAUGUUGCCCUUUACAGUUGUGAAGACUCGCUAUGAGAGCGGCAAAUAUGGAUACAAAAGUGUGUAUGGUGCAUUGAAGAAUAUCUACAAAACUGAGGGUCCACGAGGUCUUUUCAGUGGGCUUACUGCCACUCUCAUGCGAGACGCUCCCUUUUCCGGGAUCUACUUAAUGUUUUAUACUAGGGCCAAAAAGCUUGUGCCACAAGAUCAAAUUGAUCCAUUGUUUAGUCCUGUUUUAAACUUCGGCUGUGGUAUUGUAGCUGGUAUCCUGGCAUCUGUGGCCACUCAACCUGCAGAUGUCAUAAAGACUCACAUACAGCUCUCCCAUGAAAAAUGCCAUUGGACAGGACAGGUUGCGCUUAACAUCUACCAGAACCAUGGCCUAACUGGAUUUUUCCGAGGGGGCCUCCCCCGUGCUCUAAGACGGACUCUUAUGGCAGCCAUGGCUUGGACAGUUUAUGAACAGAUGAUGGAGAAAAUGGGAUUAAAGUCUUAAACUGUGCAAUUUUAUUUGAGAGAGCCUGUGUAUGACCCAGGAGCCACUGGCACUUUGACCAGUGAUCUCUUGGUUCAGGAAUAUGCUUGCAGAUAGAAGCUGAUUCACUUUUGCAAACAGAGACCUCGAGCAAUGAAGAUACAAAUGCCUUGACAUUGAAUAAAUCUGUAUUUGGAUGGAUUAACUUGGAAAUAUAAAGCAAAGGAUCCUAUUUUUUACAAAUGUUCUACAUACAAACUUUAUUUAAAUAUAAUUAUCAAGGGCAUAUUUGUUGAAAAUUAAUGCCUCAAAAAAGUAUGUUAUCAAAUAUUAAUGUGAUCAUUUUGGAGACCUAAAUGAAAAGCAGGGUUGCUAUUUUAGUUCUCUCUUGUUUUCUUGCACCAGUUAAGGAUAUGAGGGCAGCUUAUACCUUGUAUAAAAUUGUAAAAAUGCAACAGUCUUAUUUAUACUGGAAACCAACUGAUAAGAUUUAAUGCCACUACUGGCACAAUAUGUAACUACAAGGUAUAUAUCUGGUAUUUAUGCUAUCAUCAGUGGUGGUUUAAGUUUUGCUUUAAACCAGGUAACACUAAGAUGAAGACUUGCCAUUGCUCAGGCAUGCCACUCCAUAAGAAGAAAAAUGUGAAUAUAUUUUUAUAGAAUUUCUUCAGUGUAUUUAUUGUAAAAUACAGAAGCUUCACUCAUGCAGAUUUUGUUGCCAGUAAUACCAGUACUGAUCAUUUCAGCCAUGUAUAGAAUCCACCACAAAAGAUGUAGACAAAUCCCAAAACAAACUAAUUUGCAUAUGCAAAUCAACACAAUUUUAAAAACGUGCAGCAAACCUGCAUUGUAAAAGCUUAACUAGAGCACUGCAAUCAAGAUAGUUAAUUCAAUAGAGGUUUCCCAAAACUGCCUCCUCACCAUCUGCCUUGCACUCAGUGCUGCUGGUAGUCAAGUUUGUUAACUACUGUUAUUAAAUCCCACACUAUUGUCUGGUUUGCCUACAUUCCAUGUAUUCUACAAUAAGCCAGUUUGUUACUGUGGCCUAAGUGCAUGGUUUUGCAUUUAUUCACAAUAAAAAUUCUGAUUCACUGGUG